UCAACUUUGCUCAAAUUAGCUCAUCAGCUUCCUUGUAGACAUUUAGCUUUAGCCAGGCAUCCAUUGUUUCCUUGUUUAUUAGCUCUACUGCUCACUAGUAGUAUCGAUCUCAUUUAUAGUUCAUGUACAACCCCUUUUUAGUCAUUUAAAUUACAAGCAAUCUACAAUACCAAUCAUUUACUUUCCUCUGUCAGUUACAUUUCCAGCAACCUUGCCAUUUACAUAUUGUUCCAUCACUCCGUAUAAGUAAAGUCCUUAUCUUUAAGGCAAACAAAGAACCUUGAUUUGAGCCACUCCCACUCCAUGGCACAAUCUCUUGGUUUGAAGUCAAAUUCAGGCGCAACCUCAAUCAUUCAAAUCCCGUCUAGUAGUGGCACGCUUGCACCCACCAAUUUCAUGUUUAAGUAAAUUCCUGGCAUGCCCGCGAGGCCUAUGGCGAUUUAGGGAGCAAACAGUGUUUGAUAAAAAUCAUGUGAAAGGAAUUCUAAAUAAUUAUAAUAGAUAAUUACAUUCCUAUAGGGACUAUAUGAAGAAGAUUCCGAAUUAACCAAAUCUAUUCUAAAAAAAUAAUACUAAACGUGCUACUAAAUUUUGUCCCCCAAUUGGAUUGCAACUUUACUCGAGGAUCUACACACCUAAUUAACACUAUGAAUUUGUGUUUGACUUAAUAUCUUCUACCACAAUAUUUUGAGAGCAACUCGUGUACUGAGCGAGACCUUGUGUUUACAAAGUAUGGUUCUGAAAUUGAGUCUCUUGAUAUGCAUGCAGGUCAAACACUACAAAUACGGCGGAGUGUCGCUUGGUGUUGGCAUGGAACACCUCAUAGCAAAUGGAGUUUCAGGUCUCUUCUUUAUAAAUACAUGGCUUGAUAUGGCUCGUGGUCUGGAUCUUACAGUUCAACCAUUCAUGGACAGGACAUUACUUCGUUCCCGAGACCCACCUUAGCCUGCAUUCCCUCAUGUCGAAUGCCAACCUUCUACCCAAAUGAAAACCCCUCAUCCACAGAGCAUAAGUAUUACUGAUAAUACAACCUCCAUUUUCAGAUUUACGCGGGAGCAGCUCAACAUCUUGAAGGCCAAGUCUACAGAAGAUGGCGGGAAUACAAUAAGGUAUUGCUCAUUUGAGAUGUUGGGAGGUCGUAUUUGGAGAUGUGAAUGCAAGGCACGUCAACUUCCCGAUGAUCAAAACACCAAACUUCAUAUUACAACUGAUGGAAGGUCUAGAUUGCAACCCCCGCUCCCACCUGCUUACUUUGGCAAUGCUGUUUUCAGAACCACACCAAUUGCUGCAGUAGGGGAUCUGCUAUCAAAACCGACAUGGUAUGCUGCAAGCCGUAUGCCUGAUGCUUUGGUGCACGUGGACAACGAUUAUCUUAGAUCAAUUAUUAACUACCUUGAGCUUAAUCGUCCUCGUCUUUGUGAACUUGUCACUGGGCCUUCGUCUAUAUGGUGCCCGAAUCUUGAUAUAAACAGUUGGAUUAGGCUGCCGAUUCACGAUGCUGAUUUUUGGUUGGGGACGACCUAUUUACAUGGGACCUGGCACAAUGCCAUUUGAGGGAAUUUCUUUCAUACUACCAAGUGCAACAAAUUAUCAGAGUUUAUCGCUGGUUAUUACUCUGCAACCUGAGCACAUGAAAUCAUUCUCCAAGAUGUUGUAUGACAUAUGAAGCAAAUGAAACGCUGGAGAUUGAAUUCCUGCCAUGCACUGUUGGCGGCCGGAGGUCAUCCUCAACAGCUGUUCAAAUGUUUUGUGUUUUCACGGUACAUGUGGACUUUUGUCCAACACGGACCACACCACUGGUUGUAUCUUCUUGUCAUUCUCAAUGGAUUCCCUA